AUGAUAACAUCUGAGUUCUAUCGACUUCAUAAGUGUUUCGGAGGAUUUAGCGUUGAUGAGAUCGCGAAGUUGUUUCCCGGUCUAUAUGGUCAGCCAUCUGUAUCAGUUGUUCCAGACGAGAGCGCGCCUUCAUCGGGACAGAAGCUGAAGAUCGGUGUGGUUCUCUCUGGAGGUCAGGCACCUGGUGGGCACAAUGUCAUAUCCGGACUGUUCGGUGAGGAUUACUUGCAGGAGCGUGCCAAAGGAAGCACAUUUUACGGUUUCAAGGGUGGUCCAGCUGGUAUCAUGAAAUGCAAAUAUGUUGAGUUGAAUGCAGAUUACAUUCAGCCUUACAGAAACCAGGGUGGUUUUGACAUGAUUUGCAGUGGUAGAGACAAGAUUGAAACCCCUGAGCAGUUUAAACAAGCUGAAGAAACAGCAAAGAAGCUUGAUUUGGAUGGUUUGGUGGUUAUCGGUGGAGAUGACUCCAACACCAAUGCUUGCCUCCUUGCUGAAAACUUCAGGAGUAAGAACUUGAAAACCCGAGUCAUUGGGUGCCCCAAGACCAUUGAUGGUGAUUUGAAAUGCAAAGAGGUGCCUACUAGUUUUGGGUUUGAUACGGCUUGCAAGAUUUACUCUGAAAUGAUUGGGAAUGUCAUGAUUGAUGCAAGGUCAACUGGAAAGUACUAUCAUUUUGUACGACUUAUGGGCCGUGCUGCUUCUCACAUUACGCUUGAGUGUGCGUUACAAACUCACCCAAACAUAACCAUUAUCGGUGAAGAGGUGGCCAAGAUUGAGACCGAGAAGAUGCUUAUUCAGAUGGUUGAAACUGAAUUGGAGAAAAGAAAGCAAGCUGGUGCGUAUAAGGGACAAUUCAUGGGGCAGUCUCAUUUCUUCGGGUAUGAAGGAAGAUGCGGUUUGCCUACAAACUUUGAUGCCACCUACUGUUAUGCACUCGGUUACGGUGCAGGAGUUCUUCUCAACAGUGGGAAAACCGGACUGAUAUCUUCGGUUAGCACUCCAUCUCCACUUAAAUCAGCUUUCUCCUUGUUUCUCAUGUCUCUGUUGAUCAAAACAGCCUUUGACAAACUAGUCGGGAACUUGGCUGCUCCUGUGGAAGAAUGGACUGUAGGUGGGACUGCUCUCACGGCGUUGAUGGAUGUCGAGAGGAGACAUGGUAAGUUCAAGCCUGUGAUCAAGAAAGCAAUGGUGGAGCUUGAAGGAGCACCAUUUAAGAAAUUUGCAUCGCUGCGUGAGGAAUGGGCAUUGAAGAACCGAUACAUUAGCCCUGGUCCGCCGCGUCUCGGCCCGACCCGAUUCUCCGCAUUCGCCGGAGACCCGAAUCCGAAACAAACGAUUAAGCGAGGGAAGAAGAAGAGAUUAAUCCCAGUUUGGUACGAGCAAAGAAAGCCUAAAACAGCGAUCGGCGUAAUCGCCAUUUUGGGUUUCUUCUUCCUCCUGAAUUGGUUCAUGCUCUCUCGUCUUCACGAAGGUCGAGUUUGGCUUCGCAAAAGCUUCCCUAAGAACCCGAAAUGGGUUUCUGCACAGAAUGAUGAGCGCAAAAGGUUUGGAAAAUCAAAGAGAAAAUAUAAUGGAACAUAUGAUAGAAUGUUGGGUUUGGCAGCUCAGGCUUUGCAACAGAACAAACUCGAGCCAAAAGACUUAUGGCAGGAACCAAAGCAACAAGCUUUGGCUUGGAAGCCUUGUGCUGAUCAACGCUCUUGGUCUCCUGACGAUGGCAAAAAUGGAUAUAUUAUGGUAACUGCAAACGGAGGGAUUAAUCAACAAAGAGUUGCAGUAUGUAACAUCGUUGUUGUAGCUCGGUUGCUCAAUGCGGCUCUCGUCAUUCCCAAAUUCAUGCUUAGCGACGUUUGGACUGAUGCAAGUCAGUUCGGAGAUAUCUAUCAAGAGGAACAUUUUACUGAGUAUUUGUCUCCCGAUAUUCGGAUAGUCAAGGAACUACCAAAAAAGCUUCAAUCUUUGGAUCUUGAAGCAAUCGGCAGCGUUGUUACGGAUGCGGAUGUGAUGAAAGAAGCCAAACCAGAGUUCUAUACGCAACACAUUCUCCCUGUGCUACUCAAAAACAGAGUAAUCCAUUUCGUUGGAUUCGGAAACCGCUUAGCCUUUGAUCCGAUGCCCUUUGAGUUACAGAGGCUUCGGUGCAGAUGCAACUUUCACGCGCUAAACUUCAUCCCGAGAAUACAAGAAACAGGAGCGUUGCUCGUUAAGAGGUUACGGAACAGCGGACCUUACCCUGCACCACUUGAUCCGCAUCUCGUCGGUCCAAAGACCGCUUCCUUAGCCUUGGACAAGAAGUCUGAUGAUCCUCCUGCGUCUUCUUCAAAGUAUCUUGCUCUCCAUCUACGGUUUGAGAUCGACAUGGUUGCUCAUUCUCUCUGUUACUUUGGAGGAGGCGAAACAGAACAGAAAGAGUUGGCCUCGUACCGCCAAAAACACUUCCCGUCUCUCUCGAAUCUGUCCAAAACGAAAAAAUUCCCAUCUCCAGAUGCUUUGAGGACGGAAGGACUUUGUCCGUUAACACCAGAAGAAGCAGUGCUCAUGCUCGCGGCUCUUGGCUUCAGCCGCAAGACUCGUGUAUUUGUAGCUGGCGCUAAUAUAUACGGAGGAUCGAAACGUUUAGCCGUGUUAACGAGCUUAUACCCGAAUCUUGUCACCAAAGAGAAGUUACUAACUCAAGCCGAGUUACAACCCUUCAAGAACUUCUCAUCUCAGCUAGCGGCUUUAGAUUUCAUCGGUUGUGCUGCGGCAAACGCUUUUGCAAUGACGGAUUCAGGGAGUCAGUUAUCGUCUCUUGUGUCGGGUUAUCGGAUUUAUUACGGAGAGGGAAAAAUGCCGACGAUACGACCGAACAAACGGAGACUUUCGGAUAUAUUGAUGAAGAACAAUACGAUUGAGUGGAGCGUGUUUGAGCAGAGAGUGAGGAAAGCGAUUAGGCAGACCAAACAUGUCUUCGCUAGACCUACUGGUCGCAGCGUUUACCGUUACCCAAGAUGUAAAGAAUGUAUGUGUAAUGAUCAAGAAUAUUGAUUUCUUUUUCAAUUUUUUGGUGCCAUUUUUGGUUCGGUUCUUGAGAGGAUAACAUUUUGGUUUUCUUUUGUAACGAUU